CACCCCGCUCCGAUUUUCGCACAAUCCGCGUUUCUUUCUCACUGCCUAGGUGGAGAAGACGAGUAUUUUUCUUUUCUGAAAAUGUGUUUCAUUGUUUCACUCAAUUUUGUCACAAAAUACAGCUCCGACUUCCUUAUCUUUGUUGAUGAAAAUACGCGAGUGCAUCUUUUAGCCUCUUGAUUUUUAUUUCCUCGUAAAGUGAUAGGUGAUCAACUAUGCCCAAGGGAAAACGAAAAACCAAGUCUGGUCCGAAAUCUCGAUUUGAAAGUGGAGCCACCUCAGAUGAAGAUUCCCUGAACGAUAAUGCGAGUGUGAUUAGCAAUAUAUCUGAGAACGCAGUAAACGAUGAAGGAGGAAGUGAUGGCAUCGAUGAAAGUACAGAUGACCUCUUUGAAGAAAAACUGAUCGAAGCUAUUGAUGGCAUUUCACAAAAAUCGUCUCAAGGACGAGCUCAGUGUCUUGAUUCUGUGUCUGUGGCCUUCAGCAAAAGAUAUCUUCCUGAUUUUGCAGUAGACAGACGAUACACAAUAACAGAUGGAAUUGAGCGGUGUCUGAAAAAAGGACGUGGAACUGAACAAGCUGCUGCUGCACAUCUAGCUAUGUUACUGUGCAUCCAAAUGGGAGCAGGCGACUUGUCGGAUCUUUUGUCCAGAGAUUUAAUUCCUGUUCUCUCAUUUGUAGCCAAUGACCACUCGGUCUCAGCACAUGCUCGAGCAAAGUGUUGCAAUGCUCUUGGUGUGCUGACAUUUAUCUGCAAUACUGAUGAUUUUGCGGUAACGAUGCGAAACUUACAAACCAUCUUCAGCGCCUCAUAUCGCAAAGGAGAUGGCACGGUACCCAUCAUCUCCCAGGAUCUUGCAGUUCUCCACUCGACUGCCCUCUCUGCCUGGACGCUGCUUGCUACUGUCGUCCCCAUUACUUCCCUCCCAUCCCUCAGUGACUUAGGUGAUCUUCUCGACUCAGCACAUUUAGAAGUACGAAUGGCAGCUGGUGAAGCAAUAGCUGUUUUAAUUGAACAGUCACGUCAAUAUAAUUCAGACGAAGAUGAUGAUAAUGAUGACUGGGAGCCCUCUGAAGAACUCAUUCAGAAGCUACAUCAAUUGUCUACAGACUCUCACAAAUACCGUGCUAAGAAAGAUCGCAAAAUGCAGAGAUCCAGCUUCAGGGAUAUCCUCCGAUAUGUUGAAGAUGAUGCCUCACCAAAUGUUCAGAUCAGAUUCGGACAAGAAACACUGUCACUAGACACGUGGUGCCGCAAAAAACAAUAUGAUGUUUUUUGUCAGGUCCUUGGAUCAGGAAUGAAUUUACAUCUCAAAGAAAACGAUCUCUUGCGAGAAAUAUUGGAUUUGGGAGAAAAGAUAACUGACUUAAAUGUAGCUGUCUCUAAGCAGUCUAAAUUGGAACGUCACUUAAUCAAUGCUGCAGCAUUCAAAGCAAGGAGUAUCAUCCGGGCCAAAAACAGAGACAAAAGAUCAGCUGCCUUGUCCUCAUGAAUUUUAGCUCUUCAUCCGUUCGUUUCAAAGAGAAUUCUUCCCCCUCUCUAAUCUGUAUAGAUGUGAGUACCCACUCAACUCUAUCUCUAUAUCUAGCAGAGGGUUUAUAAAAUUAUUGAUUUAUCCUAAUUUAUAAUUGAUGUAGUCAUUUUUUUAUUUAUUUAUAUAACUAAAUUAAAUCAUUUUUUCUUUAAACUUCUGUGUAGAAUUGCAAAUUUUGAACUCUUCUUCAGUUUUUAUGCUGUUCGGUCAAAUCAUUCGUUACCAAGACGAAAAAGAAAAACUAUGGGCAUUUUAACUUGAAUCCCUGCCAGAACCCAUUUGCGUAAGAUUGAACCUGGCAAUUUUGCAUGGAACAUCUUCAAAGGGAUUGAACGAAGAAGACAAGUCCCUGUUGAACGGCUUAUUUAAAGAGGGGCGUAUUUGCACCUUUCUUCAAGAUAAAGACAAGGUUUCAUGGUAUCUCAUGAAUGAUUUAGUUUGUUUAUUUGAUGACAUAGUGCAUAUUUUUCCAGUAUCUCACCUGAGUCAUAGACAGGAAUUCAAAAUUUCUGACCUAUUUGGUUCUGAAAGCUUUUGUGAUAAAAAAUAUUUACAGCAAGAGUUCUUCAGAUUUGUUGAAAUUGGUCACAGUGGCAAUUUUUUCACCAUUUAUGAUGAGUCUCACCUUUUGAGAUUGAUUUGUCAAAUCAAAAAUCAUUGUAAUAAAACUGAUGGAGAAAAAAUCAUGAUUGUAAGGUUUUUUCUUGUGAGUGACUGUGUGCGCGAGUGAUGUGUUUGCAUGCUUUUACUUGGAUUGUCCGUUGAAUCAUACAAGUUUUAAAAAAGUUAGACUGUGAAUGUUAAAGAGAACCUUUAAGGAUCAUUUGGAAAGUAACUCUCCUGAUAUUUUUCUCAAAAGCAACUAGUUAUGAACAAAUUCUGACUUUACCUCUAAACAAAUUGUUAUCCCAUUUAGCUUUUCCACCCGGGCUCUGGUUUUAGCUUUUUACCAAUUGUUCGCUCAGAAAGAAACUGAUAGAUGCUUGUUUAGAUCCUCCCCUGGAUAGAAUACAAAAAGUACUAAUAUCCAUAGUCCAAAGGUUCCCAAAAAAAUUUUCAGACAUGCAUACACAAAUGCAGAAUAACAGACUGAUAAGUUUGAAAUUCCAAGUAUUGUUGGUCAUAACAGUUUCAAACAGUUCUAUAAAAUUUUUUUAUCUUUGGUAUUCUGAGCUCCCUUCCUCCCCUAUAAACAAAAAACAAGAAACAAGAAAUCAGCAGAAAUGCUACUUUCCUUAUGGUGCUAAGGGUUCCUUCGAGUCCUUGUUGUGAUAACUAUUAUUACAGCUGACUCCUAAAAUCACUCUUUGCAAAAUAAAAUAAUCACUUUAGCGCAUGUUGCAUUUCUAAAUUUUGUACAACACUUUCAUGAGAUUAUUUUUAAGUUUUUACCAGUUAGUUCAAAUAUGAGUAUUUGACUCAAUCUCUUUAUAUCAAGUUCAUAAAUAUGUUUCUCCAAAGUUGUUUCAAACUACACUUUCUCAGAUGAAAGUUACCUAUUUUCUGAAUUUAUGGCAAGAUAUUUUAGGAGUCAGCUGUGGCAUAUUUUUUUUUUUUUUUUUUUUUUUUUUUUUUUUUUUUUUUACUUUGAUGAUCAAUUUUCUUAGUUAUACAACAAUUGCUGUAUAGGAAACAUUUGUGAUCAAAAAUAUUUUGUACACAAAAAAGUGAAAUUGUUGAACUUUCAUUAUUAACUUCAAGUUAAAGUUCCCUCAAAACUGAAAGUGUUUUUUGCCCCUGUAUUUUUCCAUCUCAGAUAAUCAAAGUAGCCAAGAUGAAAUCUCCCUGUAAAUGAAUUUUAAGCAUGAGUUCUAAACCAUCGGUAAGUAAAUGUAGGAUAAGCUACACAUUUAAAUAAGAAGAUGCAGAAUGUUUUUUUUUCGAAUUCAGGGCAUUAGCUUGUCUAUUAUAGGGCUCACUCAGUACCUUUACAGUUUAGACAGUUGCGUAAUUGAAGAAUGCCAAACAUUUACUUCAGACUAUCCUAAGUCCUAUUCAUCAGUUUUGCACUGUAAUGUUUUUUUUCUUUCUUUUUUUUUUAUUUAUUUUUAUUUUUUUUAAAAAAAUGAAAAGACUGUAUUUCUGUAAUGUACUUGAGGAUCAUACACAAUCAGCAAAUAAUUAUCUGAUGUGUGAGGGUUCUCAUUCAGUUUAAAAGUUAGUAAUCAUGUAAAUACCUUCAAUUUACAAGUGAGUUGUUAUUGUUACUGUUGUUGACUUGUACUAUGGCCAGUUGCUGGAAUGCAUUAAGAAUGUGAAAUAAAUACCUAAUAAUUAAUAAAAAAA